GUUUGAAAUUAUGUUGGAAUUGGUUCGCUUAAUUAUAGAUGCGAAUUUAUUGGGAGAAUCUUUAACUCUCAACAUUAUCUCCAAAAACAACUGUUUUUCCUAUAUUUCUAGAACCUCAAACGAAAACAAAAACCCUUACUGAGAGUCCCCACUACGAUUUGAGCAGGGGUUGACGACGCGGUGAUCCGAGGGGCAGUUUGAAAAUUCGUUGAAAUUCACUCAAUCUUUCUUGCAGAAAGAAUUAGAGAAAGUUUAUGGCAAAGGAUACGAAGUUCAAAGCUACUGUCGAUAGGAUUAGUGAGUUACCAGAUGAGUUGCUGUGUCACUUACUCUCCUUUCUUCCUCCUAAUUUCACUUACACCACCCGUCUUCUUUCCAAGAGGUGGAAACCACUAUACAAAUUCACAGUGGAUCUCCAUUUUGAUGAUAAAUUCGUGAAAGGUGAAGAGGAUUUCCUAUGCUUCCGUUGCUGGGUUGACAAAGUCAUGCUAUCCCCAUAAAUGAAUAGCCAACCUAUUAGAGCCUUUCACCUUAACUGUUGCCAUUCUGAAUUAUUACUUUUCAACCAUGAUCAAUGGAUUGAAGCUGCAAAACUGCGUGGCGUUAAGGAUCUCCAACUCUCCAUGUUUCAUUUUUAUACUGCUUUCAAAAUGUAUAUGGCCCACUCUAAUUCCUUGGUGGAUAAAUUUAUCUCCGUAGCACCCAACAACAUUUUUAGUUGUCGAACCCUUGUUAUUCUCAAACUCGAGAGAUUAUGUGCGGCGGGCAAUAUUUUGUCCGUAGAUCUUCCCUCCCUUAAAACCCUUCAUUUGAAAUGUGUUUAUUUACAAAAUUCAGAGGAUCUCAAGAAGUUGAUAUCUGAAUCAUUGGUUCUUGAAGAUUUGUAUGUUAUGGUUGGCUACAAAGAAAGUGCAAGUAUCUCACCCACACGAGUGGGUAACGGUCCAUAUCAUGUUUUCUUUAAAGCGAUAUAUUAUAAUGUCCAGUUUCUACAGUUAGAGGUGAGGCUUCCCAAUGAAAACAUCAGUUCCUAUUUCAAAGGAUCUAAUGUUUUUCCAAACUUGAUCCACCUUGAGUUAAUGUUUGUUCACUCUUAUGGCUGGGAUGACUUAAUGGAUGUGCUCCAGAAUUGUCCCAUCCUUGAAAUUCUUUUAAUUGCUAAGAUUUUCCCCAAACACACCAAAAAUGCGGAUGACAAAAGUUCGUGGGCAUUAAAACUCACCAGCAUAUCAUUGACAAAGUGGAAAUGUCCAAACUUUGUUCCUAAAUGCAUUUCAUCUCACCUCAGAUCUUGCACGGUAACCUUUGAUGGUAUGUUGGAUUCACUUCGAGUUGCAAAAUAUAUUUUACAGAAUGCUCCACUUUUACAAGUCAUGACAGUCAAAAGUUCAAAGUCAACCGAUUCUUUACCAGCGGAAAUGUUUAGAUGAACUAAACUUUUGUCCAACGAUUUCACCCUUUUGUAAACUAUCGGUGGAAUGGUUCUAGUUUUCAAGAUAUGUGUGGUUUACACGCAAUCGGCAAUGCUUAAAAAUAAUGUUGAUAUUUAAGUUGCUUGGUUUACACGCAAUCAGCAAUGCUUAAUAAUAAUGUUGAUACUUAAGUUGCUUGGUGUUGAAGUUAUCUUGAUGCUCUUGUUUAGUUUAUCUUUAGGUGGUUCUUUUCUCUUUCCAUGUGAUCAGCUAUUAGCUGGUGGAUUGUAUAAAAGCUUCUGCUACUUCAUGUUCCUAUUAGUGACUAGCUAGAUAAUAUCAUAAUUAACUUGUAUUUUUAUUUUUGACAAAAGAAAGCUUGGUGUGGAUUUCUCAAUUUUGUUUGCAACAUCAUACAUAAGCAUAUGAUAGGCCUCGAAGCAUUGCUUGAAUUUUCUUAGUCAUGAUGCAAUAUAGAUUCACCUUUAUAGAGUAUUCUAUAUAAUUUUUUUUUACCAUCAGUAUCUGGUCUGCUGAACUGGAACUGACUAAUUCGA